AUGAAAAAUAUCGAACAACUGAAUGAGCUGAAAGAACAGUUCAAAGAGUUCUUUGUUCUUCGUGAUAUGGUCGACCACAUUAAUGAUCAUACUAUUGAAGAAAUCCUUGAUUAUAACAGAAAAAAUUUCACUAGCAACAGAACAAUUGUCACAAUGAUCGACAACUAUUGCAUGAUCAACUCUAUACAUACAAGAAAAUACUGGGAACUCUUAACAAAAGCAUAUGAUGAGAAGCCAUUUCUUUUUGAUCAUCAUUUUUUGAGGCGCAUUUCACUUAGAGAGCUAUUCAAGCGUAAGUACUUCCCCAAUAUGGAAUUUUAG